AUGGUGGAUUACUAUGAAGUUCUAGGCGUGCAGAGACACGCCUCGGCCGAGGAUAUUAAAAAGGCAUAUCGGAAACUGGCACUGAAGUGGCAUCCAGAUAAAAAUCCUGAGAACAAAGAAGAAGCGGAGAGAAAAUUCAAGCAAGUGGCUGAGGCGUAUGAGGUGUUGUCAGAUGCUAAAAAACGGGACAUCUAUGACAGAUACGGCAAAGAAGGAUUAAACGGUGGCGGUGGAGGUGGAAGUCACUUUGACGGUCCGUUUGAGUUUGGCUUCACAUUCCGAAACCCAGAGGACGUCUUCAGGGAAUUUUUUGGUGGAAGGGACCCAUUUUCAUUCGACUUCUUCGAAGACCCGUUUGAGGACUUCUUUGGGAGUCGAAGGGGCCCCCGUGGAAGCCGGAGCCGAGGCACGGGCCCGUUCUUCUCUGCUUUCGGCGGAUUCCCCUCCUUUGGAGGGGCAUUUCCUUCCUUUGAUACAGGAUUCAGUUCCUUCGGCUCGCUAGGCCACGGGGGCCUCACGGCGUUUUCCUCCUCCUCGGCCUUCGGCGGGAGCGGGAUGGGCAACUACAAGUCCAUAUCGACGUCGACGAAGGUGGUGAACGGCAGGAAGAUCACCACCAAGAGGAUUGUCGAGAAUGGUCAAGAGAGGGUGGAAGUUGAAGAAGACGGCCAGUUAAAGUCCUUGACGAUAAAUGGUGUGGCCGAUGAGGACGCCUUCGCGGAGGAGUGCCUGCGACGAGGCCAGAGCGCGCUGCCCGCCCAGCCCGCCAGCUCCAGCGCCCGCUCGCUGCGGCCGCCGCGGCCCGGGCCCCCGCCCCGGCCGUCGGCGCACGCCGCAGGGGAGGACGAGGACGCGCCAGGCACCUUCUGCGCAGCGUCUCACACGCCUGUCUCCUUAGGAUUCAAAGAAGGCAGCAAGAGGAAGAAACCGAAGCACAGGGAGGAGUCGAAGAAGAAGAAGCCGACCAAGGGCCCCCUCUAG